UGUGUCGCACAGUGCUAUGCUGACGGAUCUUUCCAUUCAGAGCAUCCCUGAUACAAACCCGUAUUUUGUUCGUAUUUAAGCUAAAAUGUUAGAUGUUUAUGUUAUAUUGAACAUGUGUAACCGCGGCUAGCUGCGGGAUGAGGAGCGGGCGGACGGAGUGAUACAGACAGGGCAGUUUGCUUCAUUGUGUCCGCGGAGAGUCGUCUGAUGCACCAUGAUCCCUGUGCCUCUGUUGGUGUUUGUGAUGGCAGCCUGGUGUGCGGUCUACCUCGCCGACACACUGCUGAAGUCGUCAGUGACACAUCGGAUCAGCUACGAGUCAUGGUUGGCGAGUCGGGGGUUGAUGUUGUCUCCUUUCCAUGUGAGAUGGCAAACCACCAUGUUCAACCGCCUGUUUGCAUACUGUGCCCGCAUCAACCCCCGAGCCCAAUACCUGUGGUUCAACAGCGGUUUGGUGUUUGGUAUAGUGGCCAUGCUGGGCUCUGUGGUGCUGCUGAUAAAGACGCUGCAGCAGACGCUUGCUCAGAUGACCACAGACAACCCUCGGAUAGGAGGUCAGCAGGCACUGCAGGUGGUGGUCCCUGGUGUCAAUUUGCCCACCAGUCAGCUGGCCUACUUCUUCAUCGCCCUGCUGCUCAGCGGAAUCAUACAUGAGUUGGGCCACGCUGUGGCAGCAUUGAGGGAGCAAGUGCGAGUAAACGGCUUCGGCAUGUUUGUGUUCGUGGUGUAUCCCGGAGCGUUUGUGGACCUCUUCACCACACACCUCAACAUCAUAUCACCCACUCAGCAGCUCCGGAUCUUCUGUGCCGGAGUGUGGCACAACUUUGUUCUCUGCGUGGCAGCAUUAGCCUUUCUCUUCCUGUUGCCUCUCCUCCUGUUUCCCAUGUACUCCACUGGCGGCGGGGCGUUGGUCACAGAGGUCGUCCAGGGCUCUGCAGCUGACGGUCCCCGGGGUCUGUCAGUCGGGGACAUAGUGACGAGGCUGGAGGACUGUCCAGUGUGGGGAGUAGAGGACUGGAGCAGCUGCCUGUCUCACCUCUCUCACACCCCACAGACUGGAUACUGUGUCCCCGCCGCCAGCCUGCAGCCCAGCUGGGCUCACGGGCGAGCCUUCAAGCGUUUGGAUGGAACGAUGGACUGCUGCAGCAACAACAGCCUGACAGACCUCUGUUUCUCUUACAUAAAACCACAGGGCAGGAACAGCAGAGAGAGAGAGUACGCCUGCAUGCCGGUGCGUAAGAUGGUGACGGGGACGCAAGUGUGUCGCACUGACGACGACUGCACCGCAAACUCCCACGCCGCCAGCGUUUGCGUCACUCCGUCUCUGGAGAACCAGACUCGCUUCAUCCGUGUCACACAUCCGCCCAGCGCACACAUGCUGUUUGUGGGAUAUCCACCGCACCUUCAGUACGCUGUGAGUCUGACCAACUUUGUCCCGCGCUUUGGUUUCCUUCACCUGGAUCUGCCCAUCUUCUUGGAGACCUUCUGCAAGUAUGUGGUGUCCCUCUCUGGUGCAUUAGCAGUAGUAAACUCCGUGCCAUGCUUCGCUCUCGACGGUCAGUGGAUGCUGAACGCCCUGCUGGAGGCCACGCUGGUUACUGUGGUAACAGAGCGUCAAAAACGCGAGCUGAUUGGUUUCUUCCUGCUGCUGGCGGGCAGCGCCCUGCUAGCAGCCAACGUGGCACUGGGCCUGUGGAUGGUCACGGCGCGGUAGCCACAGCGGUGAGCUGCCCAGGCAAAGACAAAAACUAAAUAAGUCCCCAUGUGGACUGAGAGAUGUUCUCUCAGGAUGUGUUUGACACGUGUGGACCAUUAAACUGUGAACAUACAGGGAACAGGCUGCAUUACCCAGCAGUGCUGCCCUGUUUCAGGAGACUGUUGAGCAGAACAUUGCUCUGCCUCCAAGGCUUUUUUGGACCACCAGGGAAACAAUAACCAACCUUCUUCCACCUUGUUGCCGCCAUAUACUCAAAAAGCACAUACACAAAUAAAUAAUGCACUUGCCGUAAAGCACUGUCCUAUGCGACUGUUUACAAGGACUGCACAAUCUUUCAAACUUUUAAUAUGCUUGAUGUGUUUCAAGUUUGAGAGAAAACUGCGUUAGUUUUUCGAAGGUUUGAUUCCUAAAUGCCAUAUUUUCCUGUUGAUACUGUUCGACUGGGCCUCAGAGUGCUGCAGUGAGGUAAAGGUAGGCUGUCCAGAGAAGAGAAGCAAAGAAAACUUUAAAGAGCCUUACAGUACAUGUGUUGGCAAAUGCAUGGCAAUACCUUGAAUUUCUACCACAUAUCACCAGUGAGAAAAUUGUACUACCUAAUGUUAAGAUAUGUCAAAGGCUCCUCAUACAUGUGUACAUUAAGAAGUUAAUGAAGACUACUCCUACAACAUUUUGUAAUAUCCAACAAAUGUUUAAAGGCGGGUAAUCCCAUUUAAAAUGAAAAACAUUUGCUCCGUUAAGUGUCUUUCUUGUCCUCGGGCAUUGUGGUGGGAAAUACAAAUUUGUCUAUGAACCUUUUCCCACUUUUUCUCGAGUUUCAUUUUUACUCUCUCGGCCGCUCACUGUCUGCGAUCUGGUUGUAAAAGUUGAUUUGUGAAACUUGUGGAAUAAAAGACUGUUUUUAUUUAA